AUGUGUCUUAUAAAAUUUGUUACGUUUCGUAGUUAACCUCUGGAUACUGUGUUCAUGUAAAUUAAAGUAAUGGCUGCGGAUGAAGAACAUAAUGUUGGGGAAGUGACAGCACUUUUUGAACAAACAAGCGUUCGCAAAGAGAAUAUUAUUUCAUUCAAAGGACAAGGAAAAAAAUUAGACACCGCAGCUGAUGCUGCUGAAAUUAUACAAGCCAUUGAAGAGAGCAAGGAUGUGCAAGUUCUAGAAUUAGUUGGAAAUACAGUUGGUGUUGAUGCUGCUAAAGCUGUUGCCAAUGCACUAAGGAAUAAACCAGAGCUUCAAAGAUGCUUGUGGGCAGAUAUGUUCACAGGAAGAUUAAGAUCAGAAAUUCCAAUUUCUCUGCGGUCACUUGGAGAUGCAAUCAUUACAUCUAAAGCAAGAUUGGUGGAACUUGAUCUUAGUGACAAUGCAUUUGGCCCAGAUUGUGCUAAGGCAUGUGUUGAACUGUUGAAGAGUCCUUCUGCUUUUACUUUACAAAUAUUAAAAUUCAACAACAAUGGAUUGGGUGGUGGUGGAAUAAUAUUGGCGCAAACAUUAAUUGAAUGUUAUGAGAAAAGUUCUGCUGAAGGAAAACCACUUAAAUUAAAAGUAUUUGUUGCCGGGAGAAACAGGUUGGAAAACCCAGGAGCCAAGGCACUUGCAAAGGCAUUUAAAACUAUAGGAACUUUGGAAGAAAUUCAACUACCUCAAAAUGGGAUCCAGCAUGCUGGUAUUACAGCUCUUGCAGAUGCAGUCAAGCACAGUCCAAGUUUACGUCAUUUAAACCUUAAUGAUAACACCUUCACCGACAAAGGAGCCAUAUCGAUGGCCGAAGCAAUGAAACAUAUUGACAGUUUGGAAAUUGUGAACUUUGGUGACUGUUUGGUACGAACCAACGGCGCAAAAGCAAUCGGUAAAAGUCUAGAAGAUUCGAAUCCAAACUUGAAAGAAUUGUUGCUUUCGUUUGGUGAAAUCCAACUGGAAGGGGGUAUAGCAAUAUGUAAUGGUCUGGAGAACAAAGAAUUUUUACAGAAGUUAGAUUUGAAUGGGAAUAAAUUUGGAGAGGAAGGAGUUGAUGAGGUGAAGGAUCGAGCCAAUGAUUUCUGUUGUAAGAAUGCUCUUACAUCAUUAGAUGAUGAUGAAGGAAUUGAUUCGGAUUCUGAUGAAGAAGACUCUUGUGGUGAGGAUGACAACGAUGGAAGAUCCCCUGAAGAUGAACAGAUAGAUUCCCAACUUUUAAAUGGCCAGGUCGACCUAAAUCCAAAGUGUUUUCUUGAACAAGUAACAGCACCAAGUCUGGUUUGUUUGUCGACAAAAGAAAGAUCGAAUCUUCUGGAGGAGGUUGCUGAAUUGGUCACGAAUGCAGAAGCAACAGCUGAUGCUUGUUUAAAACUUUCGGGUUUGUUGAAUGAAAAGUGUCUUGAUCACAUAACCACCUGCAGUGACGCAGAUGCCCAGGAAUUAAGAUCAGCUGUUUUUCAAGCUGUCGACAUUUUACUGCGCGACGCGUUUCAGAAAUAUCCUAACACUCCAAUGCUCGUCAUUAACCCGUUCCUCGUCCGCAUGGGGCUGCUCAAGAGCGAGGAUAAGAAGUUCCACGCACCGUUUGACAUUCGCCCAAUGGUUGUGACACUGGGCCACGCAUGUCAACAAGCAUAUUUUCCAACGUUUACUCGUCGUUUAGUGCGUAGUGUGGUUGCAAAAGAAAGCAAGGUUUGGAACAAUAAGUCAAUCCAACUUCGUCCUCAGUUACUGCAGAUCCUUUAUUUGUAGUUCAAUAAAACAAGCAUUGUGUUUUGUAACGAACUGCCGACAAUAAAUUUUAGCCGACCAUUCCCUAUACUUUGCAUGCUUUCAAUGCGAUUCUAUUUCCAAUAAAUGAAUAGAGAAAGUGA